AUGCCACCCCCAAUAUCGCCGCAAAUUUCCACCGGAUUGACUAUCACGAAUCCGCUGGUUUUGUACCGUGCUCUACUAGCUACCAAACGGAUUGAUCCUGAUCCUGCACAGCAUAGGCUAGCCUUAGAGCUCCAGAAGAUCUAUUAUCGUCUCAAAGACUAUUCUCCUCAUGUUGACUAUGGAGAGCGACUGCGGGCUAUCAGUCGAGCUGUUAGCGAAGUCCCCGAAGAUAAGGAGACAACGUCGGCAGCAGUGCCUGGGCAUCCAUUGAGGCGAAACCCUUUAUUUGCACGCCUCUUCGAAAAGAAGCAAGAGAAAGAUACACUCGCUUUGACGCGAGUCCUUACAAGUCAUGAAUCGGCUAUGAGCCUUGAUUCCCCCAGGGGUUUACUCCUCCAUGGAGAGGUAGGCACAGGUAAAUCGAUGCUUAUCGAUCUCCUAGCAGACAGCCUCCCCAAUCGAAAGAAGAGGCGGUGGCAUUUCAAUGCCUUUAUGCUGGAAACUUUGGCACGUCUGGAACACCUUAGAAAGACCCGCUCAGACGGGAAUUCUGAGCACAGCCUACUUUGGCUCGCCAAGGAUAUGAUAGAAAAGUCACCAAUCUUAUUCUUAGAUGAAUUCCAGCUACCGGACAGAGCAUCCAGCAAGAUCCUGAGUAACCUUUUCACUGCUUUCUUUCAAUUGGGUGGUGUGCUCAUUGCAUCUUCGAAUCGGAUGCCUGAUGAACUGGCUAAAGCUAGUGGCGUGCAUUUUGCCGUGCAACCAAGAGCAGGUUUUGCGAGAAAUUGGUUGAGUUUGGGAGGCGGAAACACUCUCCCGGCGGACAACGAAUACGCUGGCUUCGUCGAUGUUUUGAAGGCAAGGUGUGAUAUAAUCGAUAUUUUGAGUACUCGUGACUGGAGGCGGCGAGAGGCAGAAGAAACAGAGACUGAGAUAGGAGAAACCGUCGAGACUAUGAGAGAGGAAAUGAUAGAAGGCUUUUCUGGACCGGAGAUAUUAACACCGGGGAAGCUUGCGCUUGAUCAUGAGCCAAGUCAAUUAAACAGAAGAGCAGAAGACCGAAUCGACGAAACUACUAAAGAUCAAUCGAACCCUGUGAAAGCAAAGACUCCGAAGAAAUACAUUUUAGUAUCCGCAGAUAAUGAAGAGGUUUGGAGCACAGUCGUCCUCUCGACACUCCCUCACGCACGAGGUACGAUUCCAUGGCAGACCACAACUCUUUCGGUAUACGGAAGAGAAGUACCUGUUCCUCGACAUCUUGCAGGGGUUAGCUUUUGGACGUUCGCCGAACUCUGCGGUGAAACCUUUGGUCCGGCGGACUACAUUACAUUGGCUUCCACGUUUCACACACUUAUCCUUGAUGAAGUUCCGGUACUUACACUCGCACAAAAGAAUGAAGCAAGACGACUCAUUAACCUACUUGAUGCACUGUACGAGGCCCGCUGCAAGCUCGUAAUACGUGCGGAGGCUGGUCCCGACGAUCUUUUCUUCCCUGAGACGAAGACAGAGUCUAGAUUACUGGGAGACAACGAGGCAGCGCGAAGUGAGGCCGAGGGCGGUGAUUCAGUCUACUCUGAAACUAUUUCUGAGAUUUAUCAAGACCAAACCUCCCCCUUCCGCCCCAACGUUGCAUCAUACGUCGAUGAUCCAAAGACUGGCUACAAUCCUGCUGAAGACUCUGAUUUCGGUUCGCUCCCUGGAGAUGGAACUGAAAAUGGGCGGCGGGUGGACUUUAGCAAGACAAGUAGCUUUACUGGAGAGGAUGAAAGGUUUGCGUACAAGCGUGCAGCAAGCAGAUUAUGGGAAAUGUGCGGGGCGCGAUGGCACGCACGAUCCGAGCCUGGAUGGUGGAGACCUUUGCCGCUUCAGGUCAGGAGAUGGGAGCGCUCAUCAUCUGCAGAUCCAGCUACUACGAGAUCCUCAUCUUCUGCAGAGGGGACCGAUGUGAAGUUAGGGGAGUCCAUCAGCCUUGAUGAGUUUGUGCGACUGCAGGGGAAAUUAGAGAAGGAAGAGAGGGCAGCUUCCAAUCCGUUUCGUAGAAGCAAUGGACCACCUCCGAAGUUCAGUUGGACACAUGCUUGGGGUAUGAUGAAAUGGGGUAAGAAAGCAGGCCCAUGGGGUCAGGGCCCUGAAGGUCUCAGCCAGAGGAAAGGGAAGACUGGAGAUAAAUAGUCCCAAUAGAAAAAAGGGGUGUCAAUUGGUCAAUUGAUCACAGCACUUAGAUCUACCUAGGUAUGCGUUUAAUUUAAAUGAGAGAAGAUGGCGGAUAGAAUGGAGCGU